ACAAAGUGGCGUCUGUCAAAAAGGUCGAAGAAGAAAAAGAAGAAGAUUCGGAGUGAAAUUGUGCAAAAAAGGUGUUUUUCUCAAAAGAUUUUUUUGUGCACUUCUUGCGUCGAACUGCCGAGGAACUGUGGAAAGAAAACUGGGGGCGCUAUGAUGAAGGACGAAGAGCCCCAGCGGGAUAAUAGGGAGGAGAGCCUCAUUGCAGAGGCACAACCAACUAAUGAUGUAUCGUCAAAUUCUGCGAAUAACUCGAGAGUUCCGGGAAAUGCUACGACGCCCCGAAGUGGGGUACCCACCAAGAGAUCCGCCACAGACUUCCGCUUUGGUAAGACUAUUGGUGAGGGGAGCUUCAGCACUGUCUACCUGGCCAAGGAUAUCCACACACGCAGGGAAUAUGCAAUAAAAGUAUGCGAUAAGCAGCAUAUCAUCCGGGAGAAGAAGAGCGAGUACAUUAAGCGUGAACGGGAGGCAUUGCACGUGAUGAGUAGCGUUCCCGGAUUCGUCAAUCUCUACUGCACCUUUCAGGAUCAGAAGAGUCUCUACUUUGUCAUGACGUACGCAGCAAAUGGGGACCUUCUGCCCUACAUCAACAAGGUGGGCUCCUUCGAUAUGGAAUGCACACGCUUCUACGCAGCUGAGUUGGUAAUUGCGUUGGAGCAGAUGCACAAACGCGGUGUGAUUCAUCGUGAUUUGAAACCCGAAAAUAUCCUCUUGGACGAGAAGAUGCACUCCCUCAUUGCGGACUUUGGUUCAGCAAAAAUGGCACCGUCGCAGGAUUCGAAUGUUGUGCCACCCGUUAAGCCACCACCUGAGAAGGAUAAAACCCCCAUGUCGCGUUCCUUUCGACGCAACAGCUUCGUCGGUACGGCUCAGUAUGUUUCACCCGAAGUGCUCAAAGGGCAGCCAACAUCCAAGGCAGUGGAUUUGUGGGCAUUGGGAUGCAUUAUCUACCAAAUGGUGUCGGGUUUGCCACCCUUCCGAGCUGGCUCGGAAUAUUUGAUCUUUCAGAAGAUCCUCAAGCAAGAUCUCACCUUUCCCGAUGGCUUUGACGUUACGGCCAAGGAUUUGGUGGAGAAACUCCUGGUGAUUGAUCCAAAUGCACGACUUGGUGCUGAUGAUGCCGAUAAUCGCUACGACAGUAUACGAAAUCAUGCAUUCUUCGAUGGCAUUAACUGGUGCAAUCUGCGUGAACAGACACCACCGCAAAUUUAUCCCUACCUACCGGGAAGGAGUCUCGAAGGGGAGCUGCGGAGUCGCUACAGGGUGCCGGAUAAUCUCGAGCCGGGUCUCGAUGAGCGUCAACUGACACGGCUGCUGGGUCUCGAAUUGGGUACGACUGGGUCAAAUCUACCGACCGAGCAAUCAAGCUUAGCGAGGGUGUCGGAGGUGGAGAGGCAGCAGCGCUUAGAAAUCCAGAAGACUGACAAAUGGAAUCAAUUUGUCGAGGGUGAAUUGAUUCUGAAGAAGGGCUAUGUGCAUAAGCGGAAGGGUCUCUUUGCGCGGAAACGGAUGCUCCUGCUCACCACGGGACCGCGUCUCUUCUACAUUGAUCCCGUGCAGAUGGUGAAGAAGGGCGAGAUACCAUGGAGUGCUGAGCUACGCGUUGAACCCAAAAACUUUAAAAUUUUCUUCGUUCACACACCAAAUCGAACGUACUACUUAGAGGACUCCGAAGGGUUCGCCCUCGAGUGGUGCAGCGCAAUAGAGAAUGUCCGAAAUUCCACGUAUAGUAAUUCGUCGUCGUAAGAAAAUUAAAAAAAAAAUGGGGACUGCUGGUGUAAUUUAUUUGCAAAGAGAACGCGCGCGAGUAAGUUAAAAUUAAAAAAAUAACAAAAAAAAACAAGAGAAAAAUAUUUAAUUGAACAUAACAAAAAUUAAAAAAAAAAAAACUAGAUAGUUCCAAUUUAUCUCACGCAGAAGAAAAAAAAUUAUUUAAAAUAAAAAAAAAUGAAGGAAGUUUGUUCUCUCAGUUUUGAAAUAACGUCAGACAAUGUAAUAUUUUCUUCUUCUUUUUGUUGUGAGUAAUUAAAUAAAAAUAACAAAAUAUUUAGGUUCUUUAUGUAUAGAUAAAAGAAAAGAAAAAAAAUGUUGUUUUUUUGAAGAAUAUUUAGCAAAAGAAAACGAGAGGAAAAGAAGAAAAAAAUACGCAUUUUCCCAUCGCGAAUUGAGAGUCUUUUUAAUUUAAAUGUUUUGUGUAAAGAAGUAAAAAUUAAAUAAUAAAUGAAAAAAAAACGGUGCAAAAGAGAGAGGUUUAGUGAAAAAGAGAAAGAGAGAUAAAUAAUUAUGCCAUGCUGUUUGUAUUCCGAAUAAAAGUUAAUUUAUAAAAAUUAUUCAUUUUAGAGAGAAUUUUGUCCCACAAUUUGUUCAUAAUGUUUUUUUUCUUUCUGUGUAUCAAAUAUAGCUCUUUUUUCUUCUUGUUUUUUCCUCAAUGAUUAACAUUUUGGUAGAAUAAAGUAUUUUUUAAUUAUUUAUAAUAAUUAUAAUAUAUUUAAAUUACUACACAUAAUAGUUAUAUAGAGAUUUUGAGGAUGAUAAAAAUACAAUAAUAAUUAUGACAGCGGUUAAUUUAUAA